CCCCCCCCUGGUUAGUAUGGUACUAUGAGCAAGGCUUGGUGCCAACGAAGUGAGUCGACGCAGAACUGAGCCGGGAGCCCUGCACAACAACGAAAAUGACGCAACACGUUUUAUGUGUUUAGUAUUAGUUAUAGGCAUGGUUGCCUGUGACGCAACUGCGCACAACAAAGGCGUCGGUCGGAGGCUCCGCUUGUGCCUUCUAUCUCUUUAUUUUCUGUGCGGUAACUCGCCUACGGAAGCCACAGUCGAAACGCGGGAAGUUCGCGAUGGGCGAACGCUGGUCGAGCAAAUUGCACUGCUUUCCGCGUCCGCCGACGCGGCUGUGGCAGAGCUGGUGGUAACCACCCGGGAGCUGGUGGUUGCUGAAAAUGACUGGAAUGGGUAUGAGCUCCCGCUCAUCCUGCAGCGCAAUUUGACGCUUCGUGGGCCGAGUCGGAGCUCCUGGGCCACAUUAAACCUGGGUUAUGUACAACGGAAGGUGAGACAUGUGCUGCUCGGCAAUGGGGUCGUUGUGGCCUUCCGGUGGCUGGUGCUCACAAACUGGACCACCGGCACCAACACAGGGUCGGGCAUUCAGAUGCUGACUGCAGGGGAUUCGAGCGCAGCUCGCACACAGCUGGUGGAGGAAGCAGCCCUGACAAUCCGUUGGUGCUUUCCGCGUACUGUACUAAUGGCGGCGGUCACAUCGACACCUCGGGCCGAUGGCUCAUCGGAUGCCCAAACAUUCCAGCUGCUCGAUAGGUUGCCGCCAGACCUCGUGAGCGGCGCAGCAGGCGCCACCCUAGUAGGCGCUGGCGACGGCGGCGCCAACGGCACCCUCGGCAGCACCGCCGCCGCCCCUGCCUGUGUGAACGGCACGCAAGGCAGCGUCAGCGGGAACAGUGGCGACGGCGCCGGCGGCACCGUGUCAGCGGUCACCGCGGCAGCGCCGCCGUUGGACCGGUGCUAUGCACUCAUGGGGCUGUUUGUGGACUACAUGAGUAGCGCGUAUGCGCGCAGCCCUUCGGGCAAGCUUGAAAAGUCAGGCAUCACGAUGGUGUACAAGCGGGCGCUGUGGCUUUGCGAGGGUGUCGUUGACGAUGCAUGCAUCCAUGCAUACGGCCCCGUCGGCUGCCUGUACACCUACUUUGGGGUGGGCGUGCAGACGAACGGUAGCGGUGCGGUAGCCACUGCCGCCGGCGCACCUUCAGCCCCAGCACCACACCAAUCUUCGUCAUCGGCGGAUACUGCCGUCGUGGCGGGGGCCGUCGUUGGGAGCGUGGCCGGAGGUCUCCUUAUCGCGGCAGCAGUUUGGGCGAUUGUAGUGCGGCGACGCAACGCGCAGCAGAGGCAGCAGCUGGAGCUGCAACGAAUGGAUUCAGAAGCUGGUGGCGGGCUGACCAAGCUUCCAGGCGACACGGUCGACUUGGAGGAGCAGCAGCACGCGUUUCAUGGGCAGCAGCAGCGACGCGGUUCGGGCAAAGGCGAUGGCGAGCCUGUGUUUCAGCCGAUCAGCACCGGGCAAAGUGAAAGGGACGUCUCGUCGUCUCAGGGCACUGGCUACGAAAAGGUGCUGCUGACGCUGCCGCCGUCUCACCCCGAAAAGUGCCCGUCGCCACCGGCGGCGCAACCGGCUGCACACGCUGCCGAGCUCGGGCAGGAGCUUGCGGCGGCGGAGAUAGUAACAGAGCUCACGCCGCGCCGCCCCAGCGUGUCGCUCGUCACCGCCGACGGCGCCGCCCCGCCAGUUGACCCCGGUGCGCCGGGGCUGAAGGGCAGCGCUCGGCUGGCGGCGCUAACGGCUGCCCUCGACAAGGCGCCGGGGUCAGGUUUUAGCAAAGGGUCCGCUCCGUCGGUUGGAACGCCGACUGGCGGCGGGUUGGUGUCGGCGGCGGCGACAUCGUCGGCGGCGGCAGCGGCCGACUCGCGCCUGCUGCAGCACCAGCAGCCAGAGUCCGAGCAGCAGCAGAGCAGCCAGGCACGGCAGCAGGAACAGGAGCAGCAUCAGUGUGAGGCCCAGCGGCGUGCGGAGCAGGCGGAGGAUGCCACGGGCGUGGCGGCCGGCCUCAACGUCACGCUGGUGCCCAACGGCCUGCUGGGCAAGGGUUCCUUUGGGCGGGUCUACCGAGGCCGUUAUCAAGGGCGCGAAGUGGCUGUGAAGGUGUUCUCCAGCGAAUUUGCAACAGAGGGCGCCAUCAACGACAAGGAGGUGGUAGACAGCCUGUGUGCGGAAGUGGAGGUCCUAAGCCGGGUCGACCACCCAAACAUCGUGAAGCUAUUGGCGGUCUGCCUAACGCCGCCGCGCUUCUGCAUGGUAAUGGAGCUAAUGCAGCUGAACCUGGCGCAGCUGCUGCACGGCGACAUCGGCCGUGUGUGCACCUGCGGCGCGCAGGGCAGCGGCCCCUGCAGCCCCUACUGCCCCAUGAGCAGCCGCGCGUUGCCCCUGGUCAUGGUGCUUGAUAUCGCCAUUGACGUCGCACGGGCCCUGGCGUACCUUCACCCAACCGUCAGCCAUCGGGACCUGAAACCAGCGAACGUGCUGCUGACUUGGUCGGAGAGCGCCGAGGCGCUAGCUGCAUCAGCGCGCAGUGGCGGCAGCGGCAGCGCGGCCAGCGGCGGAGGGCGUCGGCGCCGCAUUGUUGCAAAGCUGUCGGACUUCGGCAUUUCCCGCAUGUCGCACACGCUGCGCGCGACAAUCACGCCAGAGGCCGGCACGCCCGCCUACAUCGCCCCCGAGUGCUUCAACCCAGCCAACUGGCUGGUCAGCUGCAAGAGCGACAUGUACGCCUACGGGGUGCUACUGUGGGAGCUGCUCACAAGCCUGGAGCCGUGGAAGGGCAUCCCUGUGGCGCGCAUCGCCUACCGCGUGGCGCUGCUGCGCGAGCGUCUGCCGCUCGAGCUGGUCGACCAGCAGCGGCCGGAGCCGGUGCCGGCACGCCUGCCGGAGAUAAUCGCGGCAUGCUUUGACGAGGACCCGCAACGCCGGCCCGCAGCCGCGGAGCUGGCAAACGAGCUGGAGGGCAUUCGCGGCGUCGUGUUGGAGCAGCAGCGGCGACGGCUGGAGGCGGAGGCGGCGCAUCGGCACGGCGGCGGUGGCCUGGCUGCCGGGCCGUCGGGGCCGUGGGGUUAAAUUUGCUGAGACAGAUGAAUGAGGAAAUUAGCAUCAGCGACUCGAACGAAUGGGCGGGUCUGGAUGUAGUUGGGUGCGUGCUCAGCUGUGCUGUCAAGCAGGGUGAGCGGGACGGGAAUUUGGGGCGCUUUGUCCAAGACAACAACACGCCGCCGUACCGCUACAGCAUGAAGUGCUGGGCCGGCUUUACAAAACGACGUGAGAUACUAACGAGCCUAGCGUUGUCGGUUAUGCAGGACCUGUGUAAAGGCUGUGACGCCACAGCAUGCAAGCUGUGCGGUGCAUAGGGCUGCAGCAGCCCCCGCCCAGCAUUCAUGCAUAUGCCUGGGGGCGCUGUAUGGCACCGUUCAUCUAAUUUAUGUAGUGCAUUUGCAUCUUGUAGCUUGGGGCGCAUUCGUUCAUUGCGGUAGCUGCGCUCGUGGGCUGUGACGGUGUUGAUGGCCGGCCCACCAUGGAGCCGCAAGUUGGCCCUGACAGGGUAGCGUGUUGUGUGGCAGGCCGUGCAUGGGUGGUUGUGUGUUUGGGGGUUCGCGUUCGGGAGCGGAUUGGUAUGAUUGAUGUUUACUGCGCGUCGUUGAAGACCUUUGCUCGUGUGCGCGCUGUGGCGUGUCCUGGUGCUUGACUCUGCCAGGAGCAACGUGUGUACGGUAUCAGGGUGCGCAAGAGACCAAAAGAUGUGGCCAUGUGGGCAUGUUACAUGGCAUGUAAUGCAAAAGUGCUAUGUUGCACCGCACUCUAAUUGCAAUGGGCAUCCGACUCGUUUAGCAAGUCUGGAACAACGGCCCGCUGAAACCAAGCUGGCUUCAUGAAGAGCUCUACGCCUCUACGUGAGGCACAGGUGCUUAUGCGGUGGAGUCAAGUUGGGCCCUGAUAGCAUGUGAUGGCUCGGCGUCUUCGGGUGCUGGGACUGUCCCCUCUGUAAUAUCCGCACUUA